CAAUUGGAACUUAUUCAGCGGAUCGGGGACUUCCUUCCGCCGCCUCCUUUUCCGGUCAUUUCGUUCUCAUUCAAAAUACCUACCCAACGAGGACAAAGAGUAGUAGUACUAGUUAUCAGUUCUUUCUCAGUUUUGAGAUUCAUGAGUUCAUCCAAAAAAGAAAGGAGUUAUGGUCCAAGUAAGCAACUCCAUAAUCACAUUUAAUUUGGUAAAUCUAGGGUUUUCUCUUGUAUGCCUAUGGCCGUUAGACGAGGAAUUUCCUUGCCGAAAACUAUUGCAGACGCCUUUGCUGAUACUGGGAGCUUCUCUACUGGUUCUUUCGCUGCUAGGAUUUGUUGGGUUUGGGUGGCGAGUCACAUUUUUCAUGUGGCUAUAUUUGUUCUUGUUGUUCUUGUUCAUGCUGGGAUUGCUUUGUUUCUCGGCGUUCACUAUUAUGGUCACUAAUAAAAACGUGAGCAGAGCUCUAUCUGGGAAAAAUUAUAAGGACUUGUUCGAGUUAGGAGAUUACUCGCACUGGUUGCAGAAGUAUGUGGUGAAUUCAGAGAACUGGGAGGAAAUUAAGAGUUGUUUGAUUGAUACCGAAUAUUGUCAACGUCUACCUACUGGCAAUGGAGUUGAUUUUUACAAAUAUAGCCUCUCUGCUAUGCAGGUGAUAUAGUUUGGCCCCAUUGGAUUGGCCAAACCUGUGCUCAAGGCUGUUCCAAAGUUCCAUUGUUGAUUUUGAGUAGAUAACACUGUCUCCUAUUUCUUUAGACAGUGAGUUUAGUAACCAUGAAGUGACCAUGUCAUUGCACCUGCUCCAUUGAGGAAGAUCACUGGAAUCCAAACUUGGUUUCACACAGCUUCCAUUGAUGAAACCAAGCAUAUUCUUGGCCGAAGGGGCAAUUAGGAUUGACCUCCUCCAACCUGGAAAACCUCUCCCAUCAAAUGGUGAGUUGACGAGAGACAUGCCAGGUGCAUCAGAGGAGUCAAGGAAGUAUGGAUGAUUACAAUCCUGAUUGACUGUAGUAGAUGAAGAACCUGGACUUGACUUUGAGCAACUGGAGUAGAGAUGACUGGAGUCUCAUCUAUUACUGCCAUAGUUAGCCUUUAGACUUUAAGAGAUUCAAAAGGAAAUGAAGGAUUGAGCUAUUAGAGCUCUGAUACCAUGAAAGAUUUAGCAAGGAAGAUGAAGAAUUUUUCUCUGUAUAUUGUAUAUCAUCUCA